UUUUGACACUUGACACUGACAGUUCUUGUCAGGGUUAAAUGUACAUAUAUGAAAUGUAUACCAGAUAUCAAUAAGAAUAAUUAAAAUAUGUAAUUUUUUAACCACAAUUAUUAAAUAAAGGAUUAAAAUAUGGCUGCUGCUAGUAGUGAAGAUUCGCCAACAACACCUGCUACACCUCUUAAUAGUUCUCUCGUUAUGGAGAGGAACGAUAAUAGAUCAAGAUCACCUUCGUUGUCAUCUGUAAAUAGUUUUCAGUGGACAAGUCUUUUGAUUUCAAAGCCAAGUUCAAAGAAGGGAAGAUUGAAAAAAGGAAAAGGUCGAGAUCCUGUAGUCAUUGAAAGGAGUAAUUUAGUUAACAUAAGUAAGCUGGUGGUAAAAGAGUUAAUAGAACAAUCCUUGAGAUAUGGAAGAAUGCUCGAUUCGGAUCAUAUGCCUCUCCAGCAUUUUUUCAUAGUAUUGGAACAUGUACUGCGACAUGGACUCAGGCCUAAGAAGGGUUUAUUAGGUCCUAAGAAAGAAUUAUGGGAUAUUUUACAAAUGGUUGAAAAGUAUUGUCCAGAAGCACAAGAUAUUACAGCUAGUGUUAGAGAUUUACCUACUGUUAGGACGCAUAUGGGUAGAGCAAGAGCUUGGUUACGAAUAGCUUUAAUGCAAAAGAAAUUAGCAGAUUAUCUCAAAGUGUUAAUUGAUCACAAAGAUGAAGCUUUAGUGGAGUAUUUUGAACCUGACGCUUUGAUGUUGAGCGACGAAGCUAUUAUAAUAAUUGGUCUCCUUGUUGGUUUGAAUGUCAUUGACUGCAAUCUCUGUGUUAAGGAGGAAGAUUUAGACUGUCCUCAAGGAGUAAUCGAUUUCUCUUUAUAUUUGAGGUCUUCGAACCAUGUGUCUAUCGAUUCUUCAAAUGAAGAGACAGGAGAUGCCAUGAUUACCGUUUUAGAUCAAAAAAAUUAUAUUGAAGAACUUAAUAGGCAUUUAAAUGCUACUGUUGCAAAUCUUCAAGCCAAAGUCGAAUCAUUAACCACCACAAAUGCCCUAAUGAAAGAAGAUUUAGCAAUAGCGAAAAAUAACUUAUUGGCAUUGUACGAUGAAAAUCGGCAAUUAAGAUACGAGUUCGGCAAAGAUCCUGAUAGUUAUGCAGCGGGAAUUAGCGGAGCUCAAAUAACGAAAGUAGAAGAAAAAGAUUCAAAGGAACCAACGACCAAAGUUGUUUCCAGUGAAGUACACGAGUUAAAACAGAGAUUAGAAGAAGAAAGAAAAUUGAGAAAAGAGGCUGAUAAUGAACUAGAAAUACAAAUGUGUAUGAAAGCUGAGAUGGAAGUAGCUAUGAAAUUAUUAGAAAAAGAUAUUCACGAAAAACAAGAUACAAUAAUAUCGUUGAGGCGACAAUUAGACGACAUUAAGUUGAUUAAUUUAGAAAUGUAUAAAAAACUUCAGGAAAGCGAAGCAUCUCUAAGGCAUAAAACUGAAUUUAUAACAAAGCUAGAGGCUAAAGCACAAUCUAUGACAGAAACAUUAAAAACACUCGAAAAUAAGUACCGAGAGAGCGAAUCAAACCGAGUGACCGCCGAACAAUUAAAACGUGAAGUAGAUAUUCAAGCAGCUCAAGUAGAAGAACAAGCUUCAAAUGUCGAAGGAGAUUUAAAAGUUGAAAGGGAAUGGAGAGUUUCUUUACAAAACGCGAUGCAGCAAGACAGAGAAAGGAUAUCUAAACUGCAAGUUGAAAAUGGACAGCUCAAGUUAAUUGCACAGAAAUAUGCUCAGCUUCAGGAAGAAUACUAUACCUUAAAAGAUCAAUGGCUCGAACAAGAACAUACACUCGAAGAAUUAGGUGGACAAUUAAGAGAAUCGAAACUCCAAAUAUCCGAUUUGAGGGAGGAAGUGAAUAAAUCGCGUCCGGAAGGAGCUUGGGCCAAAGAUAAUAGUACAACCAACUGCAAUGCAUGUAAUAAAGAAUUUAAUCUAACUAGGCGGAAACACCACUGUCGAAAUUGUGGCGAAAUAUUUUGUCACGCUUGCUCUGACAAUACAAUGCCACUUCCUUCGUCUGCAAAGCCUGUACGCGUAUGUGAUGAUUGCCAUCUUCUUUUAUUGGGCAGAACGACUACUGUGAUG